CAAUCAAAGAAAGUGAAUUUGAUGUUCCGUUUGCUACAGUUCGCAGUUGCCCAAAAAGAUGCGCUACAGCGGCGGAAACAGCCCCAUGUAUAAUUAUAUUUCACUUCUUUGUACUCUCGAAUUUUAUCAGUUUUUGUUCUCGCUCCAAUCGUGUCUAUAGCCAGCGAAUGUCUAUACAUUUAUGCAUGAACCCAAAACACACGAUUCAUCUAUCUCGUCUGGAUAUCGAUCGGAUAUGACAUCAGCUCUUACUGGGCGCGGCGAACGAAAGUUUCUCUCAAGUCCCUAGCCACAAUUUAAUCAAAUGUGUUGACGUGGCGUGAAGAAGAAAAAAAACACGAAGAAGAAACGGCGGCUGAAAAAAACAACAAAACAAAACAUCAAAUUUAUGCUGGCAGGUGCUCUUUUCAGAACAGAGCCGCGUCUUUGUUUCGAUAAGCGAAUUAAAUCUAAUUUCAUUUUCAGCGCGCUAAAUAUUUGAUAGGAUGUGUCGCCUCUCAUUUUGAUUGAUAAUCAUUAUGAAUUUUUAAUUUAUGCAGCUGCUCUUUUAUUUUGUCGCCGGGACGCCAGAGACAACCGACUACUAUAUUCGGUAUUGAUUAAUGAUGAAUAGAGAGGAGCGCCUCUACAUACAAUGCGACGCGCCUGCUGUGAUCAUGAGCUGAUGUUCUCUUUGAAGUCGGCGCCGCUCUUCAAUCGUUAUCUCUGGCCAGAAACCACAGCAGGCACAUUCCCUUCGUGUCCUUGCAAGUUGCAACUUGAUCAUCCCAUCAGCAGCCUUCCGACUCCGCCCUUUCGUCCGACCCACAAUGGCCCGCCAUCAUUCAUCACGUCAUUCUGUUUUAUCCUUCCUGGAUCCUGAGCGCCAUGCGGUUCGUACUUUGUGUAAUAACUUUUAGCGAAUAUUGAGACUCGCAAUAAAGCGAACAAAACUUAUUGUAUAGAAGCUGUAAAUGCCAAAUGCAUUAAUUUCAAUGCCUUGUGUCUAAAAUUUCGAUUUCACAAAUUGAACGAAUUUGGAUAUUUCCAAGGCCGUGCAAAGUUAAAGGCAUUUCAACUGUCAAAACAUGGGGAAUGCGUAAGAGCAUAAGUUAGUUUUAAGACUCACGUUAAUUUCAAAUAAAGGUUGCACAUUUCGCAAAAAGUCCUUGGGGGAAAAUUGCGACCGAACUGAAGGUCAAGAUAUUGUCAAUUAUUAUAGUGUAUUAUCGACAUCCCAUCAAUGACGUCACAGACAUUCCAUGGGUUACUAUGGUAUAGUACUCAAUGUAUCCACUAUCCACCUACAAAGAAUAUCCAAACACAUUUUAUUAUGCGUCAACAAAAAGACUUGUUUUCCCCAGGACUCAUUCACUAUCGCCGAUGCCAUCGCCGCAUCAGAUCCUUCCCUUACGUCUAGUUUUUUUUCGUGCAUCGGACAGCGUGAUAACAAAUUGCAGUGACAAGAAUUAACAAAAUUAUUUUGAGAUUCAACUUUGCAUUAUUCCUGUUACAAUGCCAACAACACGAAUAAAAGUUUCAGAUUCGGAAAGGGCCCAAAUUCGCAAUGAAAGUUUAUGCAACGUGAAAUGCGUCAAAUCCAACAUUAGUUUGGAUGAAACUUUGAGGCCACUAUGGAAACUGACCCAUUACUGCGGGAUAUUGUUGGACUGGUGUCGCCCAAUCUGCAAGGAUAACCACCGUUUCUACAAAGUUACCCGUUUGAUUUGGAUCACUCUUCUGUUUUUACUUCUCUUUGCGAUUUUCUUAUUCGAGAUGAUUCAAUUAGUCAGAGGAAUCGAGAGUGCGCCCAAUAUUCACGUGAUGAUCCUGAAUAUUCUGUGGAGCGUGCCGCUACUAGUUGGAUUCAUCGUCCAGGAACAAUUCAUCCGUUACCGACGAGAGUUUCUCUGUUUCUUCAAAGACUGGAGAGCGCUAGAAAUUGAAAUCGCCCAAUUGAAUCCCGAUUGUGUAAUGUGCCAAUCUAGGGGCAUGCACUUGACGAUGUACGCAAUUCACGCUGUGAUGACGAUCGUAGGAUUGAUAGCCCUGGGCUUGGAUAUUUUCAAUCAUCCCGAGGCUCCCUAUCUUAUCUCUACUUAUCAGAUUGUUCGUGAAACUAUCCCACCUCCCUUAAUUUGUUUAAUUCAUCUGACGCCCGUUGCAUUUACUUUCAUCUUUUUAAUCAUCGCGGAUUUGGUUCCAUCGUUUACUUACUAUCACGCAGCUCUCGCGGUCAAUUGUUUGGAGAAGAACUUAGCGAAAUUUUUUUCAAAACAACUUUCCAAUGAUAGAGUGCUAUUCGUCAAGUCAUUAGCUAAUAAGCCAUUGAGCAAUCAAAACCUCAAUUACUGUAAAGCAUUACCCGAAACGACCACAUUCGAACUUGACGGCUACGUUCAUCUGAUUUGGAAAACAUAUGAUAACAUUGACCGAAUGGUGAAUCGAGCUAAUUCUCUAUUUGGAACUUUUUGGGUUUGCAGCCAAGGUGUGAUCUUAUUUAUGAUAACGGCAUUACUUUAUUCGGUUUUUUACUAUUUAGAUGACGCCCUGAAAAUGCGAUCCAUUGACCAGAUCCUCCCGUAUCUUCUUAAUUUUAUCGGGUUAACUUUUCGAUUAAUUUCUAGCACGUUAAUAUCAUCUCAUUUGCACCAAAGAACCAUUCAAUUUCGUGGGACGUUGAACCGUUUGUUGAACCAACAUUGGUUUCAAUUGGGCAAACCCGAUCGGGAAUUGUUACGCUCUUUCCUGUCGAGACUUUCAAACGAUCAUUUAGUCGCUUCUCCACUUGACCUCUACAACAUUACUCCGUCCAUCCUUCUUAGUGUAUUAGGAUUGGUAGUCAGUUAUGUCAUAGUCUUACUUCAAUCGAAGUGAAAAUAAGAUUAGUGUAUAAGCAAUUAACUUUUUAGGAAUUCAAACAGAUUAUAAAAUGUCUUUUGAAUAAUUUACUAUGCGUCAUGAGUAAUUUACUGAUCGUGUGGGCAAUGCAAUAACGUUAAAUCGAUAUAACACCGCCCCUUCUCCAAGUUUUUUUUUAUUGUAAACUUCGCAAAAAGUUCCUUUUUGGAAAAUUGCAACCAAAGGUUAAAUGUUGUCAUUUAUUUAUUAGUACAUUAGUAGACUUUUUUAGUACAUAAUUGACAUCCCGCGGCGUCGCAAACAUUCGUUAGGUUACUAUGGUAGAAUGGUAAUAGUAUACCCGAUGCGUAUCCACCUACAAAGAAUAUCCAAACACAUCAUUAUGCGCCAACGACAAGACUUGUUUUCCCCGAAGACUCGCUCACUAUCGCUAAUACCAUCGCCGCAUCAGAUCCUUUCCUUACGUCUAGUUUUUUUCGUGCAUUGAACAUUGU